GUAAAGUAUUAUUUACCUUUUGCAGAUCAAGAUGAAGCGUUCAGGUGGUGGAGAAGUUAUAGAUUUGACUGACGAUGAUACCUCCUCAUCCAGGAAUAAGAUUGCCAGAACGAACUCCGGGCAAAGAUCUCACUCAAACAGAAGUAGAGAAUCACAGUCCUAUAAUACCAGUUCUGGAUCUCAGAGAAGCAACUGUUAUGGCCGUGAAACCGGUUUCCAGAACUAUAAUAGGUCCGAACGAGGAUAUCAAGAAUCCUACUUGUCUGAAAACUGGCUCGGGUUUCAACCAACUCGCAUACAACAAUCUUGGGCACUUCAAUUUAGGAACAGUGAAGAUAACUAUGAAAGACACCAGUUCCCGGAUCCCGAUAUAUUUUCUCAUCCUAGUCAAAGGUUUCGAAUAAGUUUAAACCCGGAUCCGGAUAGGUUUACACCAGUCGCUGAGGAGCUUGCGGAACCCAUACCGAGAGACAAGAUUCGUUUAGGUGCCUCUAAAUGGAAAUCCUUAACAAACACAAUUUUCGAUGAAUACAGGAAGACACAACAGAGUCUAGGAACCAUGAAGGAGAAGAUAAAACUGUGGAAGGAGAUCUACGGCGCAAUAAUGAAGGAGUUUGAUUGCGGUCUAUUCGUGUUCGGAUCUACCUUUAAUGGCUUUGGAGGAGAUGAUAGUGAUAUUGAUAUGUGUUUAUUCCCCCACGGUGCUCCUUCAUUUGAUGCUAAACAAAAAUUAAAUAUUGUGCGGAAAAUUUUAAAAGAAAAUUGCAGUCACGUUAUUCGGACCAACAUAGAGCUGAUCCCGGCUAAAGUUCCGAUUCUGAAGUUUAUGGAUAGACGUGGCAACUACGAGAUCGAUCUUAGUAUUGAAAACCCUACUAGUAUCAGGAACACUCAUCUACUCUACUACUACUCUAAACUUGAUUACAGAGUGCGACCCUUAGUUUUGGCUGUAAAACUAUGGGCUAAACAUCACAGGAUAAAUGAGGCUAAAAACCAAACAUUAUCCAGCUAUACUCUAACUCUGAUGGUGAUACAUUAUCUUCAAUCUGGGACUUCACCCCAGGUUCUACCCUGCCUUCACCAACUCUAUCCGGACACAUUCUUCUUCUCCUCCGAUAUAUUUUGCUUGAGUUACCUCGACUCUCCGAGGUUUAGGUCGGAAAACCAGGAUUCUGCAGGAUCUCUACUUGUAGGAUUCUUUAAAUAUUAUUCUUCAGAGACACUCUUCAAUACUAGAAGAGAUGUCGCGAGUGUAAGAACAGGACGAAUUUUAGACGGAGAAGACUGUCAGGAGUUUGCCCGACGUGAGAAGUUAGGCCCGGGACAAUGGACCGCUUAUCUACUAGUCGAGGAACCUUUUGAUAGAACCAACGCUGCCCGGGCAGUCUGCAGUGCGGACAAGUGGAGAUUAAUUCAAUCCGUUUUCAAGAGUACCUGCUCCUAUCUAGAAUCCACUAAAAUCUCGACCCUAAUCUUCCAAGAUCUGCUUAACUAGAAGAUAAUGUUACAACCUUGGUUCUACCUGUCCUAUGUUGAAUUGAUAUAUCUUGGCAAGAGUUUGAAUCAACAUUGAUUAUUGAUUCAAAAGUUUAAAUAAAAUUUUAAUAAAUUUGUACGUUUUUGAACUAA